AUGGCUCAGAUUAAAACUCACAAAGAGAAGAAAACCAGGAAGUCGAAGGCGAAGGCAUGUCUCUAUGCCGCAGAAUCUAAGAAAAUUAAAGAGUACUCAGAUAAACUUAUUAGUCUGGCGAAUAAGGCAAAGUUACUUGGUGCUGAACUUUAUGAUACAAGGAUUGUGCAGAAAAUCCUUGUUACUUUUCCUGAAAAGUUUGAAGCAACAAUUGUUUCACUGGAAAAUACAAAAGAUUUUUCAAACAUUACUUUGGCGGAACUUUUAAAAUCUUUGCAAGCUCACGAACAAAGAAGAAUGAUGAGGAACGAGGGGAAUGUUGAAGGAGCUCGGCAAGCAAGGCAUCAAUUCAAUGCUGGAGGCAAAGGUAGGAAGCAGAAGUUGAAGAAGAGCUAUGCUACGUCAACAUAA